UUAUAAGGAAAAAAACUAGGAAAUAUAAAAAUAGUUCGAAUUCACCAUUGUUUAUUGAGAAAUGGAUAGGUUUUCAUGGUCAGACGGACAUCUUGCAACGCAUGAAGUAUUUGUGACUCAACAGAGUGGAGUAAAGUUAUAUGAUGGAGAGGAUAAGACCAAUUUCAACAAUGGUACAAUUGUCCUCAGUUCACAUAACUUGAUGUGGAGGGAUCAUGUAGAUCAGAAAUGUGUCAUAUCCUUGUCUCUAGCUCAGGUUGUCUUCUUAGAGGAAUCAAGCAGUGGAUUGGGAAGAAGUGCCAAGAUUAUUGUACACCUAAGUGCCCCACCCUCUACUAAGGUACCUGGUCCUGUAUCUUCCAGCCAGAACAAUUACAUCAGAUUGUCCUUUACUGAUGGGGGACAAGUGGAGUUUUUUCGUUGUUUCACUGAGGAGUUAGCCAGAAGACGUUGGGAGCAUACUCCAACCCUACAGCCACUGACUGCAGGCAGAGCACAAUCUGGUACACAGCCUAGGAGAGCAGGAAUUGUUGGUAUUGAAAGGAAAAUUCAACAAAAGCAUGAGACAACUGACAAAAACAUAUCUGUGGCAUUUGAGGACCUCAGUAAACUAAUGGUCAAGGCCAAAGAGAUGGUGUCACUCUCAAAGACAAUUGCAAACAAGAUCACAGACAAACAAGGUGCAAUAUCAGAAGAUGAGACCGUAAAGUUCAAGUCUUAUCUGCUCAGUAUGGGUAUCCCUGAUCCUGUCACGCGGGAAACCCAUGGCACAGGAGACGGCUACUAUCGGGAAUUGGCCAAACAACUGUCUCAUAAUCUCGAACAGCAACUGAAGGAUUGUGGGGGCAUGAUGACCCUCAGUGAUGUAUAUUGUCGCACUAAUAGAGCUAGAGGAAUGGAGUUGUUAUCCCCUGAAGAUUUGAUCAAUGCGUGCAAUCUUUUGGAAGAAUUAAAAUUGCCGAUUCGUUUCCGAGUAUUUGACAGUGGGGUUAUGGUGCUCCAUCUAUUGUCCCACAGUGAGGCAGAGGUCAUAAAUCAAACUACACAAUUUGUAGAAGAAAAUACAAAACUAACUGCGGAGGAGCUAGCUCAGUUGGUUGGUGUAUCAGUAGUUCUGGCUAAAGAAAGGCUGUUGUCUUCAGAGAAAGCAGGUAAACUGUGCAGAGAUGAAACAGUGGAGGCCUUGAGGUUUUAUCCAAACCUAUUUCUCACAAAAACAUGAACACAGUGAUCACAAGAAUACAAGACAGGAAGUGGUAAAAUUGGCAUCAGCUUGAGUAAAGACAAGCUGACUAAAAUCUGUGUCAGUUGUAUUUGCCUAUAGGUUGUAUGGGCCUUAAGUUGUGUGGUCCUUAAGGUUCUGUUGUCUUUAGGUUGUAUGGACCUUAACGUUAUGUGGUCCUGUCCUCAAGGUUGUAUGGAUGGAUAGACCCAAAGUUGUGUGGUCCUGAUGGAUCUACCUAAACGUUUCUUGUACAAAUGCCUGAACCCAGAAAUCUGGGAAUGCAGAAAAGGGUUACAUUCACUGUAUCAGCUAUACAUUGAUGGUAUAUAGAACAAUAUAAUAAUGAAUAAUGAAUAGCUAAGCAAUGGACUUUGUGGUGUGUAAUUAUAUGUAGGUGUGACUUUAAGGCAAUACACUUACUAUAUGUAGGCUUCCCUCCACCUCAUUACAUUUUGAAAA